AUGGAGAUGUUCCCCAUGGCACAGCAGCUGUACCGCCACGGCAAGGCUUACCGCUUCAUCUUCGGCUUCUCGGCCGUCUCCGUCAUGUACCUGGUGGUGGUGGUGGCCGCGCAGGUGCAUGGCUGGCAGCUCUACUACAGCAAGAAGCUGCUGGACUCCUGGUUCACUAGCACGCAGGAGAAGAAGAAGAAAUGA